CCUCAAGUCACUCAGUAAGGUGUUCACGAGACAAGAGCCUGGGUGUUGUGUGCCUCGCUCUCUCUCUCCCGCUUUCAAGAUGGCCGCCAAAACUUUUUACGAUCUCUCGGCGAAAAAUGUUGAAGGAGAGGUGGUGUCGUUCAGGAAGUACCAGGGGAAGGUGGUGCUGGUGCAGAACACGGCGUCGCUCUGAGGGACGACCACCAGGGACUUCCACCAGAUGAACCAACUCAAGGAGGAGUUUGGCGACAAGCUGGAGGUCCUCGCCUUCCCCUGCAACCAGUUCGGCCACCAGGAAAAUACAACGGAGGCGGAGAUGUUGGUAAGCCUGCGUCACGUCCGGCCUGGAAACUGCUUCGAACCAAAGAUGGAGAUUUUUUCAAAAGUCGAAGUUAACGGUUCUAACUGCCAUCCCGUCUUCCAGAUACAGCAGAAGGUUCGAGACAAAGACCAUCGCCGAGGACAUCACGAAGCUCCUGGUGUGGCCGAAGACACCGGUUCCCGUUAACAGCAGCGCCUUCCGUGACCUGCCCUAACGAGGUCAAAGGGCAGGGCUAAACAAGAAGAACCAGAGGAUGUGGACUAGUUUUCAUUCCUUUUCU